CAGAAGCAGGAGGUGGCUGCAGCCAGGAAACGGUUUGGUGCGGAAAAUCUGGAGACAAAAACUGAUGAAAGAGGUGCAGCUCGAUCCGAUCACCUGGGACUGAACACACAGAGAAAAAUGUCUGACAGCCACAUGGACCCGUCCAACCUCACAGAGCAGGAGGAGCUACAAAAGAGAGCCAAUCAGGUCACAGAUGAGUCUCUGGAAAGCACGAGGCGGAUGGUUCAGCUGGUGGAGGAGAGUAAAGACCUCGGGAUCAGGACUGUGGUGAUGUUAGACGAACAAGGAGAGCAGCUGGAGCGGAUUGAGGAGGGCAUGGAGUCCAUCAACAGGGACAUGAGAGAGGCCGAGAAGAACCUGACAGACAUGGCCCAGUGCUGUGGUCUGUGUAUCUGGCCCCUCAGGAAACUCAAGGCCUUUGAAGAGAGCGGGGCCUACAAGGCGGUUUGGGGCGGAGCCUCCAGUCAGGAUGGGGUCGUGUCCAAUCAGCCGCCGUCGUCCCGGGUCAUCGAUGAGCGAGAGCAAAUGAUCAUGAGCGGAGGAUACAUCCGCAGGGUGACCGACGAUGCCCGUGAGGACGAGAUGGAGGAGAACCUGGCUCAUGUGGGCAGCAUUGUGGGGAACCUGAAGAGCAUGGCUCUGGACAUCGGCAACGAGCUGGAAUCACAGAACGAUCAGAUCGAUCGUAUUCGGGGAAAGGCGAAUCUCAACGUGUCCCGGAUCGACGCUGCCAACCAGCAGGCGAACAACCUCAUGAAACGAUAGGAGGGCUGCCUUCCUGUCUGCAGAACCCCGCGCUGCCACUGUUUGUCUCCACGAUCCCUUAGGGGAUAAGAUGCUCAUUAGUGAGGUGACCGUAAUCUCUGAGGUGUGGCUCUCGUGCUAAAUGAAUUCAGGUUUCUCAUUUGGAAUCGUAGUUUUGUUGCAUCACUGACACAUUUGCUGUUUACACUCUGCUGUCACUCCGGACAGAGUUUAGGUCCUGGGCAGCUUUAUAGAUCCCUGCAGAGAGAGUGGACCAUUGCAGCAGAACCACCAGAAACAAAAGCAGACUAUAUAAAAAUAUUUAAAAAACGAUGAGCGCGGGGGAGAUUAACUAAGUGGCCUCUUUGGGGUUUGCGUGCGUUUUAAACUUUCAAAAAAAAAAAAAUUUCAAGGGAUAACU